UUCCAUUUUUGGCUUUAAUAUUUCUCUGUCUCAUAAAAGGUAUCACCACUAUAUAUCCAUUAUACUUGAGCUUAGAGAGUGAAAAAAGUAAUAUGAAAAUUCAGUGUGAUGUUUGUGAGAAAGCUCCAGCAACGAUGAUUUGUUGUGCAGAUGAAGCUGCUUUGUGUGCUAAAUGUGAUAUUGAAGUUCAUGCUGCUAACAAGCUUGCAAGCAAACAUCAGAGGCUUCUUCUGCAAUCUCUCUCUAACAAGCUUCCUAGAUGUGACAUAUGCCAAGAUAAGGCAGCUUUCAUAUUCUGUGUAGAAGAUAGAGCACUCUUCUGUCAGAAUUGUGAUGAAGCUAUUCACCCUGCCGGCAGUCUUUCCGCCAACCACCAGCGCUUUCUUGCGACCGGUAUCCGAGUGGCUGCGACUGCGAGUGCUAACUGCGCCCAAGACGACGAAAAACCUCACUUGGAACCACCAAAUAAGAAUCCUCAACAAGUUUCUCUUGAACCUCCUUCUCAACAAGUCCCUAACUUCUCUCCCUCUUGGGGUGUUGAUGACUUAUUGGAGUUAGCAGAUUUUGAUUCCCAUGACAAAGAAUCCAUGCAAUUUGGAGAGAUGGAAUGGUUCACUGAGGAGGGACUGUUUGGUGAAGAAUUUAAUCAAGAAGCUAUUUCUGCAGCUGAAGUUCCUCAGCUUCCAGUAACUCAUCAUGCUAGCAACAAUUAUUCAUCAUCACACAGAAACUCAAAGUCUAACAAAAAGCCUAGAAUUGAACUCAUACGCGAUUAUGAUUAUGAUGAUGAAGAUGAGUACUUCACAGUGCCUGAUCUUGGAUGAAGAAAAUAAUCAUGUGGGACAGAAUAAUUUUGGAAAUCUAAUUAUUUUUCUGAGAUUCUUUUAAAAGAAAUUGUAAAGAAAAGUUAUUCUUCCAAAUUAAGAUUUUGAAAUUGUAUAUUCCUACUUCUCUCAGAGUACAAUAGUUUAAGAGUUGAAGUAUGUUUCUUAAGUUAUAUGGAGUUUAUCAUAUAAACUUUCAUGUGUUUGGUUGUAGAA